AUGGCGGCCAUUGGAGGCGUUAUCCUUCGCUUCUUCAAUCUGGGCCUGCGUGUCCUCCAAGUCUUCGAUUCCGCCGUCAUCCUGGGCAUCUUCUCUUACUACCUCGCCGUCCUAGCGGACCAUAACCUGCCCAUCCCGACAUGGACGAAAGCCGUCGAGGGUCUCUCGGGUGCUGCGACCCUCUACGCCUUACUGGGCUGUCUCUUCAGCUGCUGUCUCGGCGGGAUGACCUUCUUCGCCUUCGUCGGCAUGCUGCUGGACGUCUGCUUCGUCGGAGCCAUGAUUGCCAUUGCAGUCCUGACUCGUGACGGCACGCAAUCCUGCCAUGGAAAUGUUCACUCCCCUCUCGGAAGUGGCCCUUCCAACACCGAUUCCAGCACGACCAAAAUAAACCUCGGUUUCGCCUGUCGUCUCGAGAAGGCGUGCUUUGCUGUGUCAAUCAUUGGAAUCUUCUUAUUCCUCGUAUCCAUCCUCUUCCAGCACCUCCUGGCCCGUCACCACAGACGCGAGAAGCGUUAUGGUCCUUCCCCGGCCAACGGAUACACCUCUGGUAAGGGCCGAGGUGGCUUCUUCUCCGACUCGGGCAGCUCUAGAACCAGAGGCGAUGACAGUCUCUUGCAGCAUCCUACCCCGAAGGAAGCUUUCUAUAGAUCUGUUUAA